ACAAUGCAGUGGAUGGCAGGGGUUUACGCCAUGCUGAUGAUUGGCUCCAGCCUCUGUUCUGUGUGUGGAAACGCUGCACUGCUCCUUGUGUUGCUGCUCAACAGGAGCCUACACACAGAGACAUGGACUCUUACACUGAGCUUCAGCGUGUGCGAUCUGGCUCUGGGCCUGUCCACCAUCCCCUUCGGGGCCUAUAACAGCCUGUUCCAGCCACAGGGCUACCCCAGUAGCAGUGCACUGUGCCAAGGCAGUGGUUUCUUCUUCUCACUGCUACAGCUGUCCUCCAUUCAUUCUCUCACCUGGGCCACCGUCGACAAGUUCAUAGAGAUCUGCUUUGCUCUAAACUACGCAAAUAUAUUCACCUCACACAGGACUAGAGUUAUUCUUGCCGUCAUAUGGAUGUACUCACUCUUGAACGCAGCUCUGCCACUGCUAGGCUUUGGAAACUACACCUACAGCAGCAGCAGGUUCCUCUGCGCUCCCAGCUUCAAGCCUGCUACUAUAGGCUUCAACAUGCUCUUCAUAGUGGUGGGAGUCAUCGUGCCCAUUCUGGCAAUGUGCUCCAUGUAUGGAUAUAUAGUGUACAUAGCAAGGAAUCAAGUACGACGAGGGACGUUUGUUUGCAAUGAGCAGCACUGCUUUUAUGUGCCUGCCAAUAAUUACAUCAAGAGCUCCAUAGUCAUGGUGACAACCAUAGUGUGCCUGCUUAUUUGUUGGCUGCCAUACAUCACCAUCUGCUUCUACGAGACCUUGACAGGGCGAGAGAGUCCUCAGUCUGCCUCCGCCAUAGCCACCUGGCUAGCGCUGUUCACCUCCGCACUCAACCCAUGGAUCAUCUCCAUGACCCAAACGUAA